AUGCGUGGUGGUUUCGGACGAGGAGGCGGUGGCCGCGGUGGAUUCCGAGGUGGUGGUGGCAGUGGUGGUGGAUUUGGACGAGGCCGUGGUGGACCGGCUCGAGGAGGUGGCAGGGGUGCAGGUGGACGUGGAGGUCGAGGAGGCCGCGGAGGACGAGGAGGAGGCAUGGGCGCCAAGGUCAUUGUGGAGCCGCACAUGCUUCACCCUGGAGUGUUUAUUUCCAAGGGGAAGGCAGACUCACUUUGCACACUGAAUAUGGUUCCUGGUGUGUCAGUAUAUGGAGAGAAACGGAUCGAACUAGCAGCGGCACAAGGUGGAGAUGAAAAGAAGGAGUAUCGUCUUUGGAAUCCCUACCGCUCUAAGCUUGCUGCUGCAAUCUAUGCUGGUGUGGGAAGUAUUCACAUGAAACCAGGAUCAAAAGUUCUAUACUUGGGAGGGGCAAGUGGUACAACUGUAAGCCACGUGAGUGAUCUUGUUGGACCUGAAGGUAUGGUUUAUGCGAUAGAAUUUUCUAACCGCAGUGGCCGUGAUCUUGUUGAAAUGUCAAAAAGGAGGCCCAAUAUUGUUCCAAUUAUUGAAGAUGCUCGUUAUCCUAUGAAGUACCGUAUGCUUGUACCUAUGGUUGAUUGUGUUUUCAUGGAUGUUGCCCAACCGGAUCAGGCACGUAUUCUUGCACUCAAUGCUCAAGCAUUUUUGAAAAAUGGUGGUCACUACGUUAUCUCCAUCAAGGCCAACUGCAUUGAUUCUACACUGGAAGCUCCUGUGGUGAUUGCGUCUGAACUCGAAAAACUGAAGAAGGAUCGCCUAAAGCCCUUAGAACAAGCGUCACUGGAGCCAUUUGAAAGGGAUCACGCUGUUGUGGUGGGAGUAUAUCGGUCGGUGAAAAAGGCAACUCAGCAAUAA